UUUAUUAUACUCACGUUUUUGCAUGUUUAUAAUCUUAAUAAAAAAAUAUUUUCUUUACACGUUUUGCUGGCAUACAUUAAGUAAUAAUGGAAGAAAAUGUAGCACUAGAUACAAGUAAACAAAAACAGUUUGUUAAAUCCAUUAAAGGAAUAAAGAAAUUAAUAAAGAAAGAUAAGAAGCAACCAGAUGUGGCAAUUAAAAGUAAGAAACCCCGAUUUGAUAAGAUUAAGAAAAAGAAGGUAUCAAAUAAGGGUUUAGUUUACCUGGGUCAUAUCCCUCAUGGAUUUUACGAGCACGAAAUGACGGAAUAUUUCAAACAAUUUGGACAAGUCACAAAUGUGAGGGUGAUCAGAUCCAAACGUACAGGCAAUUCCAAAGGAUAUGGAUUUGUGGAAUUCAAGGAUCAAUCUGUAGCUGAAAUAGUAGCGGAUACUAUGAAUAACUAUUUGAUGGGGAAAAGAUUGAUCAAAGCCGUUGUUAUACCUCCCGAGAAACAAAGAAAAGCACUAAGGAAAAACUGGAAUACUAUUAACAAUCCAGGAUUUGAUGCAAGAUUGAAAAAUAAAAAGGCUUACAAUGAAAAUAAAGAUGAAGAUGGAGAGCUUAAAAGAGCAACAAAGAUAUUGUCCAAUCUAACAAGAACAAAGAAAAAGUUAAGUGAAUUAGGCAUUAACUAUGAUUUCUUCAAACCAGUAGAUGUACCGGAAGUGUUAUUGCCUAUACUAGAAGCAAAACAAGAUGAAGAUGUAGAAAUUAAAAAAGAAGAGGAUAACAAAAAAAAUAAAAAGAAUGUAAAAGUGGAAAAGGAAAAUAAAGACAACAAAAAUAAAAGAAAAGGAGAUAACCUUACAGUAAAGGUGGAAGAAAAACCAGUAAAGGUUUUAAAAAUAAAAGAGAAGAAAGGUUCGGAGAUUAUAGGUGAUAAAAAGCAACAGAACAAUAAAAAAGACAAAUUAAAAAAAGCUAAUGUACAACCUACAAAAGAUUUCAUGAAAGUUGAAGAAUCAACUGAAUCGGAUAGCUCAUACCAAUUUGAUUCUGAUGAAUAUGAAAAAGUAAUGGAAAAUGAAGAUGAAUUCAAUUCUGAUUUAUCUUCCAAUGAAGAGGAUGAUGAAGAAAGCUCUAAUGAGGUUGAUAAGAGUGAUAGUGAUACAGAACAGUCUAAUGAAGUUGUGCGUAUUAAAAGUAAAACUCUAAAAGGGCCACUGGUAAGAAAUUCAAGGACUGUGAAAAAUCAGGUAAAGGAAGUCAUAAAACAAAAAAAAUCAAAUCCAGAAAAAAGGAAGGUUGUUGAAAGUGAACCAAAAGCAGCUCCAGUAGGAAAGAAAUCUAAGUUUGAGAAACAAAAGAAUCAAAAGAUAACUAAAAAACAAUUCAAAAGGAAAAACUAAUGGUAGUUGUAACUGCUAAGUGAUUAAUAAAACAAUGUUGUAAA